AUGUUCCUUCAGAUACAGCAUCCACAUCAGCAUCCACUCCUCAAUGUCAGCCACAAGUACUGUUCCUUCAGAAUGUCAAUACAAGUACUGUUCCUUCCAGAUAUAGCAUCCACAUCAGCAUCCACCUCCAAUGUCAGCCACAAGUACUGUUCCUUCAGAUAUAGCAUCCACAUCAGCAUCCACUCCUCCAAUGUCAGCCACAAGUACUGUUCCUUCAGAUACAGCAUCCACAUCAGCAUCCACUCCUCCAUGUCAGCCAGUUGUUCCUUCCAUAUAAACAUCCACAUCAGCAUCCACUCCUCCAAUGCCAGCCACAAGUACUGUUCCUUCAGAUACAGCAUCCACAUCAGCAUCCACUCCUCCAAUGUCAGCCACAAGUACUGUUCCUUCAGAUAUAGCAUCCACAUCAGCAUCCACUCCUCCAAUGUCCAGCCACAAGUACUGUUCCUUCAGAUAUAG